GGUGGGGCGCCCAGCGCGCGGGGUGGGGGGGGUCCUGGUCUUUGGCUUCUCAACUCGGUCCUGAUUCGACAGCGAACAUGUCUCGGCCUGUCAGAAAUAGGAAGGUCGUUGAUUAUUCACAGUUUCAGGAAUCUGAUGAUGCUGAUGAAGAUUAUGGAAGAGAUUCGGGCCCUCCAGCUAAGAAAAUUCGAUCAUCUCCUCGAGAAGCUAAAAAUAAGAGGCGAUCUGGAAAGAAUUCACAGGAAGAUAGUGAAGACUCAGAAGAAAAAGAUGUGAAGACCAAGAAGGAUGAUUCUCACUCAGCAGAGGACAGUGAAGAUGAAAAAGAAGAUCAUAAAAAUGUGCGCCAGCAACGGCAGGCAGCCUCUAAAGCAGCUUCUAAACAGAGAGAGAUGCUCAUGGAAGAUGUGGGCAGUGAAGAAGAACAAGAAGAAGAGGAUGAGGCGCCAUUCCAGGAGAAAGAUUCCGGCAGUGAUGAAGAUUUUCUAAUGGAAGACGAUGAUGAUAGUGACUAUGGCAGUUCAAAAAAGAAAAACAAAAAGAUGGUUAAGAAGUCCAAACCUGAGAGGAAAGAAAAGAAAAUGCCCAAACCCAGGCUAAAGGCUACAGUGACGCCAAGCCCUGUGAAAGGCAAAGGGAAGGUGGGUCGCCCCACAGCUUCAAAGGCAUCUAAGGAAAAGACUCCUUCUCCCAAAGAAGAUGACGAGGAACCAGAGAGCCCUCCAGAAAAGAAAACAUCUGCAAGCCCUGCACCUGAGAAGUCUGGGGAUGAAGGGUCUGAAGAUGAAGCCCAGUCUGGGGAGGAUUAAAAGUGAUGGUGGUUUGGGAGAGAUUUUAUUUAAAAAAAAAAAAAAAAAAAAAAAGAGGAAAAAAGAAAAAGGGGGGAAAAAAGAAAACCUACGUAAGAUAGAACAUGGUUUUGGCUAUGGCUUGACUCAUGGGCUUUCAAUGCUUUUUUUUUCCUUUUGUUGAAAAUAACAUUUUCUCUCUUUUUUAAAAAAAAUUUUUUUUAAUUAAGAAAACCGUUGUAUGUUUAAUUUACCUUUUUGUCUAUUGGUCUUUCUUUGCCACCACCCUCUCUUCCCUCGCUUUUUCAAUGAAAGCCAUGUCAAAUUAAUCACUGGAUUGACUGCUUCAUCUUUUUAUUUUUAAUGAAUGGUAUACCACAGUUGUAAAGCAAUAAGAUUCGAGAUGAACACUAUGGCAAUUUUGCUUUUUGCUAAACAGUAGCAAGUUGAGCAGUAAUCAAAAAACAUUAGAAGGGUUUUAGUUAAAAAUGAUUGCCUCUUUCUCUACUCAGACUUUUUAAAAAAUCAAUUGUCAUCUAACAAGUUUAUUUUUUACUUUGGGGGCAGGGCAGGGAGUAGGUUACCUGACCUUGUUUGAGGGUGUGGGUUUUUGUGUGUUUUUUUUUUUAAAAUUUCAUUUCAUCACUUAUUAUCUCAAAGAGAUUCAGAGCCAGUGAUCCUUUUACUCUGCUACAGUCUUUAAGGAAUUUAAAACAAACAAACAAAAAAAACAAGGGCCUUUAAAACUUAAAUCAUGCUUAAUUUCCUAUUUUAUUCUCUAAUGGUUCAUGUUUUAAAAUCUAUGUGUAUCCUGUUUCUUGGAUAAUAUUUUACCAAGGAUAAAAAAAAAAAAAAAAAAACCUAGAAUUUAAAUGGCAAGUCUAUACAUCACAGUGGAUUUCUUCUCAAACUGACAAUGUUUAGGUUUUAAGCAAAUAAAAUACCGGUUAAUGUGAAACUCAUUCACAGAGACUUGAGAUUUUUUUUCCUUUAUGAAAACAAAGAAUUGAAAUUCUUUUAUGCCAUAAACGUGCAUGCAUUCAGAUCCCAUGAACUGUGCUCUGUUUUUAUUUGGGGAUAGAACAUUUUCCUUUUCAUACACCUAUCUUCUCCAGUUUUUCAUAGAAGCAUGGUGUGAAGUGCGUCUCCUGGCUUCCUGCUGCGGUGUAGGGUACCACUGCACACCUGCCCCCAGUGCCUACCAGCCCUGCUAUAGGACAUGGCUCUUUCUUCAUUUACUUCACAUCCUGUGUUUGGUGGGAGUGUGUUAAAUGUUCCCACACUAUACAAUUUGCUUCUUUUUUUUUUUUUUUACUGGUGCGCCUGCUUACUGUUCAUGUUGCUUAAAGCAGGAGUUUACUGGGUACGGCAGGGCUAGAGAAAGCAUGCAUUCUGGAGGCCUAGGUGCAGUUGGCAACAGACUUUACAUGCCUUAUGAAAGCAGUCAGGAGAUAGAUCUGUAAGUUUGAUCCUUCACAUCCUGAUACCAUAGGCUUCUGGGAGCAAGGGUUAGGGGCCUUAGUGUGCUAAGAAGUUGAAAAAUUAGUGAAAUUUAACCUCUGCCUUUUAUUUAGAUUUGCUUCCUCAGUAUUUUACUUGUGCUAUUUUUUUUCUUUUAAUUACAGCAUAUUUUUCUGUCAGACAACGUGGCUUUCUUGCAGAUGUUCCUAGAACAAAAGGUUAUUUAAGGAAUAUUUUUACUCUGAUUAUUAAGACACUUUAAUAUUCUUACUUUGUGAUUUAAAAAAAAACAAACACCCAGUGACAGUCAUUUCACUGUUGCACUAUGUGUUAAAGAAUGAAUUUGAAGAUUGUAGUACUAGGCCAAAAAUGCAAAGCUUGAACAUAAGUAGCAGUUGGAUUAUUAUCUAAAGAUUAUUCUGUUUGCUUUAGUGGGUUCGUUCAGGUAUCUAAUUUUAACAAGGUUUGUGUCUUACAGCAAGAGACCUAUCAGUGUUUCCACCGUGCACUUCUAUUUUUAGGGGUUUAUAACUUUAAGUCUUACAUUCCUAGUAACAUUUGGGAUUUUCUUAGAUUAUGUUUUGUGAAAAUUGGGGGGGCGGGCCGUCUUUUAAAACUUUAGCCUCGGUAUUUUAUGUAAUACAGUCUCUUUAAUAUAUUAAUCUGCACUAACAUCUCUGUGAUAUAGGCACAUACUUUAGAGAUAAUCCUGUCUUCUGAGUUACCUGUGUGCAUUUGGUUGGGCUUUUUGUGUGGGAUCCCUUUUUUAAAAAUCGAUUCAUGAGAUUGAAAAAUGUAUUAUGUGUUUGUAAUAGACUGGACAAAAGGAUCUGUGUCCCCAAGUGAGACAGCCUCUGAAUGACCUUUGUUUUCUUCACUUUUUGUUCAUUAAAACACUCUAGUCUUCCCCUCAAAUCAUGCAUGCAAAGAGGAGGGUAGCUGCGGUGUCGCAACUGGAAACAGGUGCUUAAUAGUCAGGCUUGAUGGCGAUGUCAGGACAGGUCACAAGCUAUAAGCUGAUGGAGGCUGGCCAUUGGCACCACCCUUGACUAAACUCCCUCUUUUUCUCUGGAGUGCCUAUGGUGAAAUGGCAAUAGCGUUCACUGUCUUGUUUUGCAGUGCUCAGGAAGUGGGACAUUAAUUUUGAAGGUGCUUGUUUGUGUUAACUGAAUUCUCUUUGUUAGCUCUGUUAGGUUUACCUCUGAAACAUGGAUUUCGGCAGCUAUGCUGACUGACACUACAUUCUAGUUAUUAAGAGUUUUUUUUCUAGACUUCCCAACACACACACAACUUGACAUGGGUAGUUUACAUAUUAUUAAAUCUAUCUGUACCUUGCUGCUGCUUUUAGCCCUCCCACCUCAGAUUGGAAUCAAUGGAGCAGGCCCAAAGGACACCUUUUAAUUUUAGUAGUGCUGGAUUUGUUUUUUCUAAAAACCUCUCCGUUUCAUAUCUCCACUCCCUAUUGAGUCUAUAAAGGAAAAUCAAUGGGCGUGUCCUCCUUUAGGGAAGUAAUGAGUGGGAAUCUUUUAAUCUCAAAAAGUAAUGGUAAUUUCGCACGAAGGAGGUUUGAUAGUGAUUUCUUACCCCCCUGCCCGCAGUCACAGUCUGCCCAGGUUCAAUCUCCAAUUCAAUAGUUAUUCUUGGAACUGGUUCAAGUCGCAUUUUCUUAUAGGUAACUAAUCAGUAGGAAUUGGGGGUUAUAGUCCAGUCAAGUUUUUGACACUUGUGGAUAUAUAUCUGGCCAGCUAAACUGAAAUGACCUCUCCCCACCCCCAAACAUUUCUUUCUUUAUCCAUGGCCAUUCGGGCCACAAGUGAAUUUUAGAGUACGGAUGAGGAAAGGGAAGAGUGCUUUUCUUUCAACAAACCAGUUUAGAAGAUGCUUUGAGAGUGUUAGAAAGGCAAGAGCAGGAGAUAAUACCUGGAGCAACAGGGAAAGCUUUUAGAAGUCCUGUGGCCAUUAUCACUGUUGUAAAAAAUGAGCAUUGGAGGGGUUCUUCCUGUGCCUGCCUCACCAGUAGCUGCACUGAGAAGCAGAAACGACCACCGCAGGAGUUUGCAAAGGAAGAAACCUGAGUUCCUGUCUCUGUGGCCUUCAGACUUAGAUACUUAAACACGAGUAAUGCACAUUCUCUGCCAAGGGAUAGGGGAAAUCUAAUAAAAGUCUGGUUGCUCUUGAGGAUAGAAAGUCGUCCUUUUCUCUAUGUGCUUGGAGCCGUGUUUAUUGGGAAAGGAGUUACUUUGAAUAUUGGGACAUCAAGCUAUCUAUAGCCAAGUUUCAAUCUGCAACCCAUUUUCUCUUUGUCUUGGGAUAAACUUGAAACAAAAUGAACCCUAAAUCCCUAAGUUACCCCCCCUUUUUUUGUAGCCAAAUUCACAAAAUUCACAGUGGUGCUGACUGUGUAUUAACCACUAUUGGGAAAAGUCCCUUAAACCUGCCUGUUGCCAUGCCAGUGGAGUGACUGAACUGGUGACAUCUGUUAUGUUGGAGCAUGCUUCGUGUGGCCAGUGGAAUGCCGCCAUUGUACACAUACUUUGUACAUCAGGGUUAAAGGGAGGGUUUUCUAGAUUUUGGGGGGAGGGUAAAAUUGGGGCUUUUUGUUGUUCCUUUUUUGAUGUGGUAUUAGGGGUAUAGUACUAAGCUAAUGCCCUAAAUAACAUGUAUAAAAACCCCUGAAGUAUUGUGUGGGUGUGUGCGUGAGUGUGUAUAUGUCUGGCAAUUAAACCUUUGUCUUCUGGAAAUUAGUGAACUCUUUUUUUUUUUUCCCCCCUCCAGAAGCAUUUGUUACAAGAUUUGUAAAUAAGAGCUCUACCUAGUUUAUUUACCACGAACAUGUUGCAGCAAACCUUAAAUACCUAAUUCCUGCAAGAUUUAAGGAAAGACUUUAAGACUUUCCAGGUUAAGCAGCAGCCAAGUUCUCAGUAACUGUUUGCCUUGAUUCAUCUUUCAGACUUCAUUUUGCCAGCUCUAAAAUUCCCAGUCUUCCUUCAUUUUAGUCCUUAAUCUUUUAUGUUCUGAGCAGGAAGGGUAAAAGAGGAACCUGCUUAAAUGUAUUUAAUUGUAAGUCCAUGGACUGAGACCGGGGCAGCCCUUUCUUAACACUGCAAUGUUGCUAGAUAUGUGAUCAGAUACCAGAGAGUUGGGCAUUCUUGCAAUACCUUAACAGUGCUGAAAUCUGCAGCAUGGUACUAAGGAUGUUAAAGUUUGAAUGUAACCACUUUAUUUAAAAAUUUUUUUUAAUUUAAAUGAAAUGGGGUUGAAGUGAACAUGAUUUUGUUGACCAUGUUCGUGAAUUAUAGAUGCAACAUGCAUUGGUAGACUUGUGAUGGUCUGUGAUACUUAAUUUUUACAUAUCCCAGUCUCUGUAUGUAUCAGCAUAGACAAAGAAAAAACAAACUCCUGCUUUCUUUUACUGAAGGGUUUCCAGGACUGCGUGUCUGCUCCUGAGCUCUGUUUUAAGUAUGUAUCCUUUGCUUGUAUUUUGUAUUAAAAAAUAAGAAAAAGAACCCGUUAUUGUUGAGCAUGUUGGCAUUGUCCCUUUUGUUUUUUUUCUCUUUUUGGGACAUGAAGCAAGUUAUUCUUUUUCUGUAUCUUUUUUUCUUUUGUAAACUUUGUUUUGUUUAAAAAUGGCUUUAUAAAAGGGCUUUUAUAACCCA